AUGGCGUGCACAGAUCCCACAGGUCAGAUUCCCGUCAGGAUUAAGGGGAGUACCAAAUGUUUACAUCACAAGCAAAAAGAUGUCAUCUAUUUCUGUGCGACUUGUAAAUCUCUGGUCUGUUCAAAAUGUGGUAUUUCCGAGAAUCACUGCAAGCAGCAUGACCUGCGCGAUAUUUCGGAUGUUGCCGCAGACAAGACAGAGGAGGUAAGAACAUUUAUUGACAAAGUGGAAAAACAAGAACUGCCAAAAUUGAAACUAGAAAUACAAAAAAUUGAUAGGAAAGUGAAAGAGAACAGCGAAAUAUUUAUAGAAACAUCCAAGAAAGUAAAAGCUCAAGCGAACAAGUGUAAAGAGGAAAUAGAUGUACUAACAGUCGCAUUUCUCUCCCUUUGCAACAAGAUUGAGUUUGCCAACGAAAAACUGCUUCGGGAUUAUCAGACAGAGUUACAACUCAUACACGACAAUCUUGUGGACGAGACAAAGGCAUGUAAGCAGUCCCUACAAAACGGCACCGAAGUUGAGGUUUUUGACGCUGCCGACAACUUGCCAGAUUUCGAGAAGCAAACAAUACCAGAACUUCCGGUAAUGGAGACAGCCGAGCUCUAUCCACAGGAAAUUGUGAGUGGUCUGCUGAAACAAGCGUUGGGCUUACGUAAAACAUUGUACAAACUAAUGGAAGAACCAUUCAUACUAACAAAGUUCACAUUUCCAGACCAAGCAACGGCGAUAUUUCCAACAGAACGUGAGCAGGCGUGGAUACGAAGCGGGAACAGUGUUGCUCUGGUGGACUUCAACGGGAACACGGUACGAGACCUUCGAAACUCUGUUGUAAUGGGAAACAUGAGCAUCGCUCCCAAAACCGGUCAUGUUUGGUUCGCAGGUUUGGAGGAAAACACCAUCAACGAGUUUUCUCCAAAGUCAUCGGAGUCGGCCAUCACAAAGUUUACAAUAAAAGACAAACCUCGACGACUGUGUAUUACUCGGAACAAUCGCGUACUCGUCGGGACAGAGGACAAACUAUCGCUGUACACAACAUCGGGGGUUGUUUUACGUACUUCGGUGAACACAGCAUCAGCUAUUGUCAUUAGACCAUGGAAGAUAGUGGAGUGUCCAGUCACUGGGAACAUCGCUGUUGGCAACGAAGAAAUCGUGAACUGGGAUGAAGACAUUUUGAACAGUCACGUGAUUGUGUUUGACGAGGACCUCACUACUCAAUUUGUCUACAGAGGGGAAGACACUGCGGGGUCUAGUGGAACUACUUUCGCACCUGGAUCUAUCGUGUAUGACUACAUGGGCAAUUUGCUCAUAGCUGACUACAGCAGAAACACCAUAGAACUGAUCAGUGGCACAGGAAAGUACAUCAGAAGAAUACACACGGCGGAGGAAUACUGGCAGGGAAAUCUAGGUAUGCAGCCGGGCGACGUAUUGUGGACGUUACAGAUCUCCGACAGUAACACAGACGAGAUACUGCGGAUCAAGUAUUAUACCAACUGA